UGUGGAAUAAAACCUUCAAGUCAAGGUUUAGUCUUAUUACAAUGUUUAUAAGUUAAAGGGCAAUGUUAAAUUUUUUUGGAGUAAUCAACCAAAAAAUAUAAAUAAUUUAGACUAAAAAAUAGGGUUACUUACAAAGAAAUGGCAAAAUCCAAACUAUCACAAAAUUCUAUAUAUGGUUACAUAAUUUGCAAUAUUUUAACUGACAUGAAUCUUAUUAGCAAAAAAUUAUGCCUGAAAAAAAGCAAAAAAAACUGUUGAAAAUUGACAGUCUUGUGUCUUGACAACUUGAAACUCGACACACUGACAGUACCUACUGGCUUGGCAGUUAAAUCAAUUAAUAUUUAACAAGUUUAUUUUAUAAUAAUAGCUUAAUAUUUAUUUUUAAAGAUUAUUUUAUCACGUCAGAAAAACAAAAUCAUAAAAAUGAAAAGAAAUCUAGACAUAAAAAGUGAAGAUAACUUUAUGAAACGAUUUAAGUAUUACAAAUCAAAUAAACCAGAACCAUCUCUUGAUAAAGUUGUUAGAAUACAAUAUAAUGUCCCAAUCGAGGUCAACAAUAUUUCUAAUAUUAUUGAAGAUGAUUCAAGAACCAAAUUACUAGGUUUAAGAAAUUUUACAGACUGGAAGACAUAUACGUUUAACAAACAUUCAGGUUUAUUUUUGAUAGCAAAUCCAUUUACAAGCUUAGGUCAAAGACUUUGGAUCAGAAAAUGUUUAGAAGAUUAUCCCAGGAAGCCUAAUAAAACUAAUAUUGAUAUUGAAAAACAUAUAGAAGAUUGGUGGCGAGAAAUACACAAGAAUGAUGAAUUAGAUAGAAAGUUGCAGAAAAAAUUGAGAUGGACAACAUUAGGGUAUCAUCACAAUUGGGACACUAAAGUGUACUGUGAAAAAAAUAGAAAUGUGUUUCCGUUGGAAUUAGCAGAGUUAUGUGAUGUUGUAUCUCAAUACCUAGGCUACAUACAUUUUAAAGCACAAGCAGCUAUUGUUAAUUAUUACCACAUGGGAUCCACACUAUCGGCACACACAGACCACUCAGAGGUGAAUUUAGAAGCACCACUAUUAUCAUUCAGUUUUGGUCAGUCUGCAAUAUUUUUGAUAGGUGGCCAGGAGAAAUCAUAUGAACCAUCUGCUAUUCUUCUUAAUAGUGGUGAUAUACUUGUUAUGUCAAAGGAAGCCAGGCUUUGUUAUCAUGCAGUGCCUAAAAUAUUACAAGCUUCAAAUCAACCAUGGAAUAACUAUGAAGAAUUAAUUCAAAUUGCUGACAAUGAUGUUAAAACUAAAUAUAUUAAUGACGAAACCUUCAUUAAUGAAAUAAAUAGAAAUGCUGAUAAUAAAGAAUGGUCUCAGUUCAGUAGUUAUGUUGAAAAAUCUAGAAUAAAUGUAAAUGUAAGACAAGUUUUAAUGGAAAAUCAAGAUCGUUUAGAUAAUUGAUAUGAUAUGAUAUAUUAAUAUACAAAUUUAUUUAUACUUUCAUAAU